UCGCCGGUUUCAUAUUCCCGCCUUAACAGAAUUACACUUCUAGCUGCGUUUGGGUCUAAAUCCAACUUGAAAAAGAAAGAGGAGUGUGUGUACUGAGUAGCGAAAAUGUGGGCUUCUGUAGGCUUUUUUGGCCUUUUGUGUUUUGUCUAACCUCAUGGAAAAGUUAAAGCUAUGAGAAAAGAUGGAAAAGAAAUAGUACCAAAGCAAGCAGGCAAGCACUUAUAGUUAUAAGAGAUGAGGAACCACCCAACAAACACUCUCUCCCACUGUCAUAACCAGUCUUAAUUUCCUCUCUCAGUAGUGAUCUGUUCUGUUUCAGGCUCUUUACAGUUCUUCACUAAGGUACUAUAAUGGACAAUCAGAGAAUUCCACCUCUUGGCUGGGGUUAUUACUACCAAGGAAAGAACAUGGAUGAGCUGAGGCAUUCUCUAUUGUUGACAACUCUGGAGCUAGAGACAACAAGGCUAGCAGCUCAAGAGGAGAUAAGGAAGAGAGAAGAACAAAUGAACCGUCUCCAAGAUCUCUUGAACAGAGCUAUCAGGGAGAGAGAUGAGGCACAAGACAAAUGCCAAAGAUUACUAGUGGAGAAGCUCUUACUCCUGCAACAACAGCAACAGCAACAGCAACAGCAACAGCAACAGCAACAGCAGCAGCAUCUCCAACAACCCCAACAGAAUACUCCUCUUUCAGGGAUCUCCAGCAUUGAAGAUGAAGCCAGAAGAGGAGGUGAUUCCAACACUGGCAUAUCCUCCUCGGAUUGUGAAGAAAGCAUCGUCUCAUCUCCGGUGAUGGACCCAAUUCCACCGCCCCCAUUGCAGCCACCACUACCAGCAACAACAUCAGGAAUGGCAACAGUAAAAUUACCCUCAGAGAAGCCAUUGCCAGAGAAGGGUAAGCUUUUGCAGGCAGUGAUGAAAGCAGGGCCACUACUUCAGACCCUUUUACUGGCUGGUCCUCUUCCUCAGUGGCGACACCCACCUCCCCAACUUGACUCCUUUGAGAUUCCACCAGUCGCCAUUACCUCUCCACCACCACCACAGACACCUCACCUCCUGCAUCAAGACUCUGUGAUCGGAAUCAAUGGUGACAUGAACAACAACAAUGGUGGUGGAGGUAUUGCUAAAAGGAAAAGAGGUCUUGUUGUUUGUGAGGGGUCUGAUUCUUCCACCAAGUAUCAAAGAGUUCUUCUCCGAUGACUCCUCCAUCAAUUAGUCUUUACAUUAUUUACUAUCUCUCAAUUCUACUAAUAUCAGACCUUAACAUGAAUGAAAUUGUGUUGUGGAUUCAGUUGUUAUGCUUUUAGCUUUUACCUAAGCAUUUGUAUAGUGGUUUCUCCUAGGGAUGGAAAGGAUGGAUUCUAUAUUCCUUUUCCUACCUAACAAAUUUCAGACUUCAGACUUCAGACUUCAGAUUCAGACUUCAGAUUUCAGAGAUAGAGAGAGUUAGAGAGAGAAAGAGAAAGAAUAGAGAUUGUUGCUCUCUAGGCUUUUCCCUUGUGUGCUGAUUGAGAUUUUUUGUCUCUCCUUUUCAUUUACAACUUAGCCCUUUUGUUCUUUUUUUCCUUCAAUUUUAUGGUUUUAAUCUAUUUGAGAUGUAUUUGGAAAAUUGAUAUGUAUAUGAGACUAUGAGAAGAGUGUGUAGUGAGAAGAUCCAAACCAAACAUGUAAAAGGGUUUGGUGAUGGAGUUGUUAGGGGUUGGAAGAUGAGAUGUAAGGAGGGGUGGCCAACAAACAAAACACUCCUUGUCGGGUGAUGAAGGUGGGACCUUCAAAUCCGAAUCAAGAUCAUCCACAGCAACUUGUACUGCUAGUGUGGUGUAUUAUAUGAAGUUUAAUCUUUCUGUUUCCUAA